AUGGAAAAUGUAACCAAGGACAGUGGAAUGUACGAGAUAGUGCAGUCCGUGACUUGUGCUGCCCCCACACAAGGAAACCAAUACUUGUUUGUACUGACAGCUAUAAACAUUCUACUCGCCAUUACAGCCGCUUUGGGUAAUAUUUUGGUCUUUUUUGCUCUGAGGAGAAUUUCAUCUCUUCAGCCCGCAUCCAGAAUCCUGUUACGAAGUCUGAUUAUUAGUGAUUUUUGUGUUGGUGUUUGUGUUCAACCUUUGUACGCCAUUCAGUUGUUGUCGAUGGCACAGCAACGAUUGCAACUUUGCUACGCACUUGUAAGCAUUAAUGAAAUCGUUGGGACAACUCUUAGCGGAGUGUCGUUGUGUACUUUAACUGCUAUAAGUUUGGACAGACUUCUUGCUCUUUGUAUGGGAUUAAGUUACAAGCAUGUCAUAACAUUGAGGCGAACACGCAGAAUGAUCAUAAUCCUUUGGUUUUUCAACAUUUUGUUCUCCAAUCUGAGACGGUUUUGGAGGUACGUUUUAAUUUCCAAUGUGAUGUCUUCUUUAAUAUACUGCACUUUAUCCAUCUCUGCUUUAUCUUACUUAACCAUUUACUUAAAACUACGCAAACAUCGUGAGCAGGUGCAACGGAGUGUGCAUCAACGCCAACCGAACGAACAAGGAAGAGCUUUCAACAUUUCCAAAUACAGAAAAACUGUAUACACAGCGCUGUGCGUACAACUUGCCCUUGUGGUGUGUUACUUUCCUUAUGGAAUAGUUGUCGCUUUGGCACACACGCGAGGUUACAACUCAUCGUAUAAUUUUACUGUUCGUCUAACAAUUUCUCUUGUGUUGCUUAAUUCAUCAUUGAAUCCCAUUCUGUAUUGCUGGAGAAUACAUGGAGUAAAACAAGUAGUAAAAGCCAUGAUUAGAAGCCUAGGACUUUUAUUCAACUAGAAUGCGCACUGGGCUUUUGCAAUCGUUAUGAUGUCUGAGUAUCUUAUCCUUUCAAAACCUUGCUUCCAGCAGCAGUAGGUAAAAGUGUGAAAUAUGUUUUGCAUUAGUCGAUUUCCACAAACUUUCACCUUCGAACUGCAUUCUCCAGAGAGAAACAUGAGAUUAUGACGCAAGUCUUUUGACUACACCUUUUCAACUUAAUUUGAGCGAUGCGUCCGCCAUUAAAAAACUCCCGCAUUUAAAGAGAAAGUUGGAAAAGGAGUUCGCUGUAUUCUAUGGUGGAUAUACAACACGCUUGUAACAUAAAACUGACUGGACAAAAAUAAAUCACAAUACAAUGAAUAUUUUGGGCCGGUUAUUUACACGAAAUUUUACCCAAACCACGGUUUUACGCAUUCAGUGGGCCUCAGGCUUUCAUUAAAAGAGGGUUGAUCUAAUAAAAAUAAAUGUCUUACCAUUGUUAGCUUUUGGCCUUUUUGACACUGUUCACUAAUAUAAAAGUUUAG